AUGUCCAAGCCCAGCCAGUACUUCCUCUUGUCCCUCCCCUCCUCCAUUGUCCCCUCGCACCAUCACGACGAGGCCCUCGAAGCUAAUGGCUCCGCUGCCAACUUCACAAUCCCGGAGUUUAAGAUCGGUACUCUUGAUGCCCUUGUCCAGCAGGCUGACGAGCUCGCCAAGCUUGAGACUUCUUGCCAAGCUGUCGUGAGCAAGGUCGGCGAUGCCUUGAAGAAUAUCCUUGACGGCGACGAGGCGCAAAUUGCGCACAAUAAGGUUCCUGUUGAUCAGUAUCUCCGUACUUUCCAGUGGAAUAAGGUCAAGUAUCGGGCCGAUAAGCCGCUGGCGGAACUAAUUGAUCUUCUACAGAAGGAAGCCGCCAGCAUCGACAACGACAUCCGCUUCAAAUACUCGCAAUAUAAUCAAGUGAAGAACAACCUGUCCACCCUCCAGCGGAAACAAGCGUGCGUCUUCUGCUUCUCACCCAGUCUCCACAACCCAGCUAACCUACCCUGUAGUGGAAACCUUUCGACGAAAUCUCUCGCCUCAAUCGUUGACCCCCGCUCCAUUGUCCAGGACUCCGAGUACAUCGAGACGCACUUAAUUGCCGUGCCGUCGCAGCUCACAAAGGACUUCAUCAAGACAUAUGAGACUAUCUCGCCCAUGGUCGUGCCACGGUCCGCCCAGCUGGUCGCCGAGGACAGCGAGUUCUCUCUGUACGCGGUGACAACCUUCAAGAAGCACAGCGCCGAGUUUGUACAUAAGUGCCGAGAACAGAAGUGGAUUCCCCGCGACUUUAAGUACGUUAAGGGCGGCAAAGAGGAGGAGCGCAAGGAGGUGGAGCGUGUUGGAGGCGACGAGCGCAAGCUUUGGGGCGAGACGCUGCGUCUGGGCCGGACGGCGUGGAGCGAGGCCGUGAUGGUCUGGAUCCACGUGCUUGUUCUUCGCGUAUUUGUUGAGACCGUUCUGCGGUAUGGAUUGCCGCUGGACUUUGUUUGCGCUUUAGUUCGGACCCCAUCAUCGAAGCAAGCGGCGAAGGCAAAGGCAAACCUUGACGACAAGUACUCGUACCUCGCUGGCAAUGCAUUUGGACGUGAUAAGAAGGGACGUGUCAAGCGUGACGACCCCAGCGAGAUCCAUGCCGCGGGCGAAGGCGGCGCGGAGUACUCGCCGUAUGUUUUCUACGAGUUCGAUUUCCAGUAA